AUGGCCUACUACGACGACAAUGCAGGUGACGGUGGGCGAUUUGGGAAGAAUUUCGACGGUCCAGUUGGACCUCGCAGACCACGUCUCGUCACGGAUUAUGGCUCUUCAAUGGUACAAUGGAUGCGAACACGGCAACCGAGAUACAAAGGAGGAUAUCGAUUGGAGACCGAACGACCAAGUCCCAGCUUCGCGGUCGAUGUUCUUCCCCCGAUGGCGCGGCCCUAUUCUGCUGUCGAUACAAUCCCCGUCCGACACCUUCACCAGUCAAUCGGAAAAUCAAAGAAACCCAUCGUCGUAGUGCGAUGGACUCCCGAGGGAAGGCGGCUGUUGACCGGCGGUCAUACGGGAGAGUUUAUGCUGUGGAAUGGAACGGCGUUUAAUUUUGAGACGGUUAUGGAUGCACACUACGAUCAAAUACAGGCUGGUGUCACAUCCUUGGCAUGGGCCCAUAGCCAGGACUGGCUGGUCUCUGGUGGACAAAGAGGUGAUAUCAAAUACUGGCGACCCAACUUCAACAACGUCGAGACGAUUGAUGAUGCGCAUCACGAUGCAGUCCGCGAUCUAGCUUGGGCGCCCAGUGAUACAAAAUUCCUUUCGGCGUCCGAUGACACAACUCUUAAAAUUUUCGACUUUGCAACCCGAACGGCCGACGCAACACUAACCGGACACAACUGGGAUGUCAAGUCUUGCGACUGGCACCCGACUAAGGGUCUGAUUGUUUCGGGAUCGAAGGACCACCAGGUCAAGUUCUGGGAUCCGCGCACUGGUCGCUGUUUGACGACCCUCCACAGCCACAAAAAUACCGUCACGUCGACGCGAUUCUCGCGUGUGAACAGCAACCUCCUUGCUACUUCGUCGCGAGAUCAGACCGCGAGGGUAUUUGAUUUGCGGAUGAUGCGUGAUAUUUGCAUUCUGCGAGGUCAUGACAAGCCGGUUUCUUCUUUGACGUGGCACCCGAUUCACAGUAACCUUAUCUCGACUGGCGCUGAGGAUGGUUCUCUCUACCAUUAUCUACUUGAUGAGCCCCACCUACCGGCCGGUCAGAUUCCCACCGUGGCACCGUAUGACAGCCCGGACCCGGCCAAUACUCCGCCGCAGGUGAUCUAUCCGGCACAUCGGGUACAGUACGCGCACGGUGCUACAAUUUGGUCACUAGACUGGCACCCAUUGGGCCAUAUCUUGGCUUCUGGAUCUAAGGAUAACUUCACUCGAUUCUGGUCGCGGACUCGACCUGGCGAGACUAGCUAUAUGAAGGACCGAUUCCACAUCGGCGAAGAGGCCGCAGAAGCCCAAGGAACAUGGAACCGCGGCUUUGGCCGGAAACAAAUGCGCGAGGACGAGGAACAAGAAAUGCAGGACGAAGCCGACAGUCUGGUCGAUCAACGACGACCAGGCGGCCCUGCCCUGCCGGGUAUUCAAAGUGCGCCGCCGGCCGGCCCUCAGCCCGACGUUGGAGGGUUGCUACCUGGUAUUGGCAGUGCUCAGCCUCGGCAGCCAGGAGUGGAUGGUAGCGCUAUGGGUGGGAUGAAUCCAGACCGUUUGGCUGCACUCAUGUCUACUCACCCUCCUCCAUCGCAGUCGAGUACCCCCACACCUGGAAUGCCUGGGUUCCCCAUGCCGCAGGGUAUGACCGGAACACCGCCCAUGAAUAUGGACCUGGCACAAUUGCAGAAGCAACUCCAGGGUUUCCCCAUGCCACAAAAUCUCAACCUCCAAGCUUUGGCGAGCAACCCUGGCUUCCCUGGUGGAUUUGGUGGCCUGCCUGGUUUACAAGGCGGUGGUAUGCCCGACGGAAAUCGGAGACAGUGA